GGGCAGGUUUCAUGUUGUUGAAGCUUGGAAGAAACAACGACUUGAAUGGUUGGAGUUUUUUCAGCCUGGAAAGGUUGUUGGUCCCACCCUGCGCGAAGCUUUGGGCUUGCAGCAUGGAGACUCAGGUCAUCAGUGUGCAUGGCUACGUAACAUGUCACAUUGGGGCUAUCCUGUAGGAUGGAUAAGUGAUACCGAUCCAAGGGAUGUCGUUCGCCGAAGGAUUCUGGGAGAUUUCCGCACUCUAGAACACGACAAUGCUCUUGAGGAUGCCGAUGACUCUUUCCUCAUAAUUAUUGAUGAAGGGGACAGCGAGGUGAUCGACCUAAGUCUUGCAACGUCUUUCCACCCCAAAUCAGACAGGGGCGAAACCCCAGUUACCGAUGACACAUUGUCUACCAAUUCUGACUUCGAAUCUCGCUCAUCGACACCCCGUAGGUGGGCAAUAUACCCAGAGACGUAUUUCUCAUCGCACCACCUUACUGUCUAUAAUGGAAUGACAUUGGGGUCAUCGACCGUCGCGACUUCUUAUUCCGGUAAUACCUUUACUGCAGAAAGAAGAGCUCUUUGGGAGCAAAUUGUAUCCGGGACCCACACUGCGAAAGUACUUGUUCCCCCCUGGAGAUUGCCUGGGGCAUUUUCUUCGCUGCAAUCGCACAAUGAGAACCAACCACCUCCACCUCCACCCCGUUCCUCUCCCCCUCCACUGCCACCUUCUCCACCUCCAUUUCCGACACCUUCUCCACCGCCUGCACGUCCUAAAUACUUUUCACUCGCCACCGUCGCAGAGGAUGACUCAGAUAACAGCGACAUGGACAUGGAUCUUUCAGAUGACGAAUCCCUCGUACUUCACAAAUCAUAGGAGUAUCAUAUGAGUCAAUAAACUCCGCGAUGCUGCUCGUACCUCAUGAUAUGAAUUUGUCUUGCGUGACGAGAAUAUGACGAAUGCUAAGGGACGUUAGGAGUGUCGGGGAUCAACUUGUGAACCAAAUCCACCAUGUCCCGCACACUAUGC